CAUUGCCACGCAGUGGUGGUGGUGGUGGAGGUUAUGUUGUCGUGUCGCCGUUACAAUUGUUGUCGUUGUCGUUGUCGUUGCCGUUGCCGUUUCUGCUGCUCUUGCAGUUGUCGGUAGACCGUUUUCCCGCUAGUCCGUUUCACGUUUCACGCGUGCAUCGAACUCAACAUCUCAACAAUCGAACUUAAAACUCGCCAAGUUAAAUGCGCAAAAGUAAGCUUUUAUCCGUUGCCCGCAAUCACCGUAAUUAUAACCCAAUUGGGCUGUAAACUAUAUUUUAAAGCGUGAAUUAGCCAGAAGGAUGUCGUGUCGGUGGACUUAAAUGUCCCUGUGCGAGUGUGUGUGUGUGUGUGUAUUUAGAACCGAUCGAGUAUUGCCGUCUGAAGCUGAGAGAGAGAGCAAGAGAGAGAGGCACACGCUAGUGACAUCGAGUAUGCCUAUAUUCUCACUCGAAUAGUCGGUCCACAAAACUAAAUUUGAACUGGCAAUGAAAGGUCAAACACUUAUCACAACAAACUAAAAUGUUUUUUUGUGUUUACGGCGACUACUGGCAGAGAGAAGGAAAAUCGACAGCAAUUUGACGUUGAUGUCAAAUAUGACUUGACAAUGCCGGAGAUCGAUUAGAAAAACUUUUCAAACCUUUGGAUCGCUUUAAGCGCCUCCCAGCACAACUACCCCGGUAGUACUAUGCACAUAUAAACGUUACAUCUGUAUUCUACCGACAGGUGCGGGUAAAAGUGAAAUGUGACCCAAGCGACUGAAUGAACAUUUAUUAAAGUGCCAUAUACAUAUUUAGAGAUUUAAAAUAUAAUAAGUGGACCUAGUCAACAUCAAAUUAAAAGAAAAAGGAAUAGUAAAAUAACGAUUAUAUGGAAUAAAUAUUCAGAUCAAGCUGCAAAAGCAAAGCAUGUCGGGAAAACGCAAAUCGACACCAAACAAAUUUGAUGCCGACUCAAAUAGCUCACAAGGAUUAGAAGGAGCUUCAGCAGAGACUGGACGACAAUUCCAAUUUAAUCUGAACGAUAUUGCAGUCCCGGCUGGUAAAAUGCAAAAACAGAUUCUCAAUAAUAACAAUAACUAUAAUGAUAACGAGGUCGUGAGCUGUAAUGUGAAGAGUAGCACCGAGUGCGACUUGAUUUGUAAUUCGGAAGUUGCAGCAGUAGUGGUUGCUGAUGGCGAGGGUGAGGGUGAGGGUGAGGGUGAGGGCGAGGGCGAAGGCAAGGGUGAGGAUUAUAUGCGAAUGGGCUUAGGACGUGGCCUGUGCGCAGUUUUGGAAAGCGAUGGUGAGCACACUGAUUUGGAUAUUGACAUAAGGAGCAUUAGCCCAAGAGCUACCUCCAAUGCCAGUACCGACGAGUCGGAUAUUGACAAUGUGAGUCAUUCUUCCCAUCAUUUUUUAACAACGGCGUCAUCUACAAAGAAGCGUAUUAAAAAAACGUCUAAGUUACGUCUACCUAAUGGAACUUCAAAGAUGGCGCGAGUCCAACAGAUUAGGAUAUCUGGCAAUCCAGGAGUACAGGAGCAAAACCCCAUAAACGCUGAUGCUUUGGGGCCAUAUCCGGUUAAUUGCUCCGAUGGAGAAGCGAUCCAACGUUUUGUUAACACAACACAGUUUAACGAAGACGACGUUGAGGAUGCGAAUCUCACUCUUUUUAAGAGCGAAUACAGUACAGUGAUAAAACAGGAACUUAAUGAUAAACUGGAAACUUCACCACCUAAGCUAAGUGCUAUCGUCACGGAAGACGAACUUAUGGAGCAAGAUGUCAUCGGCAAAGAGCAACGCAUUUUCUAUAUACCUUGUCGAAAUUCAGCUUCUACUAUUAAGAAUUUUGACGGAGAACAUUAUUUACCCAGUCGAACAGAGCUUCCGCCAUUAAUUGUUCCUCCCCCGGUAUCUGACACUUUUGGCAAACAAAGCGUUUCAGAGGACGGGCCGUUGCUGAAGUCGACAAGAGAGAACAGCGCGUUGACUGCAAGAGCACAAUCACAGCGAACGUAUGGGAAGGAUCGGACUGUCUCCGAAAUGAUUCAACAUCUGCAGCUCAUCCGAAGUAGAUUGAUCAACCAGGCACAGUUUGAAAGCAUGACUGACAUUGAGGCAAAUAUUCAACAGCAGCAGCAACAGCUCCAAAAUGUUCAACGAAUGCACCAGGAGAGUUGCCUGCAGGAGCUGCACCAGCAGUUAAGUGCUCAAUUCGGAACAGGCCGAUUCACGGCGGCGCACCAUCAGCAUCAGCAUCAGCAGAUUGUUCCGACAGUGCCAAGUAAUCUAGUACCAUUUCUUCCAUUCCUGCGUCCUCCAGUGCCCACCGCCGCUCAGCAGCUGGCACACCACAUAAUGCCCGGCCAUGUGACCCCGCAGUCGCACUACAGUCAAAGUGACAACCAUGUUCACCCACACGCCCACAAGCUGGCAAUGCAACCGAUGUGGCCAACAGCAGCGGUUGCAGCAGUCCACAUUCAAGCGGCUCUGGCUGCGGCCGCAGUGGCUGCCACCAACAACAACAAUAACAACAAUAAUAACAACAAUAAUAAUAACAAUAAUAAUAAUAACAAUAAUAAUAAUAACAAUAAUAAUAUUAAUAAUAAUAGUAAUAACGGUAAUAAUAUUACCAAUAGCAACAACAGUAACAACAACUCCAUGUUGGCCCAAACCCAAGCUGGCCGAAAAUAUUCAAAUGCUGAAGCGACAGAUGCCUCGAUGGAGGCACAUAAGAUGGCAACCGAAUGUGGUACUGAGGGUGGAGUGUCAAGAUCGGAAUCGCCCAUGCACGGAUCCAACAAUAGUACAGCCGUGCUCACGUACAGCCAUAACACGCCUCCUGACUCUCCCCAGGGGCGAUCUGGGGUGCCAACAGUUAGCGCUGGCCACAGCACAGACGACGGUUUAAUCUCAAUAAAUUACCCAUCUUCGCCGGCGGAUCGUCAAAAUGUGGCUAACAAGUCUGAAGUCUUAAGCUCUGAAAUGGAUGCACCACUUAACCUUUCUAAGCCCAAGGGCUCCCCUGGCUCGUCUCCGAUCAGCUCUUGCUUAAGGGAUCAGCGGGAGCGCUUGACCCCCGUUGUGCCAAGUCCACCGUUGAACUGGCAGCAGAUGAGUCAAACGGUCCCACUCGCAUCCCAUCAGCAUCAACCAUCCGCAUUGUUCGCUGAUGUCGAGGCCAGCUACUUGCAAUCCCGCGGCCGAAUGUGGAGUGCAGCCAGUGGCUGCGUGACUGAGCCGAAUCCACAAUUAUCCACCGGUGGAGCGAGGGGUGGCCCUGCUCGAGUGGCCCGCAGUAGUCGCGAUUCUGUAAACAGCUGCGGCACCAGCUCAGAAAGAUCAGCUGUAUUGGAUCCGGAAUGCCAUGCACAUGCCCAGUUGGGCUCACAACCACAACGGCAUGGCCAUGGACACAGCAAGCCGCAUAUUAAAAGACCCAUGAACGCUUUCAUGGUUUGGGCCAAAGAUGAGCGCAGGAAAAUAUUAAAGGCGUGUCCAGACAUGCACAAUUCAAAUAUAUCAAAAAUUUUGGGUGCCCGCUGGAAGGCAAUGUCAAACGCGGACAAGCAGCCCUACUACGAGGAGCAAUCGCGCCUUUCAAAACUGCAUAUGGAACAGCAUCCCGACUAUCGCUAUCGUCCGCGUCCAAAACGCACUUGCAUAGUGGACGGGAAAAAAAUGCGCAUAUCAGAGUACAAAGUCUUGAUGCGAAAUCGACGUGCGGAAAUGCGACAGCUGUGGUGUCGCGGAGGCACUGGUCCAGGUCCAGCGGGCGCGAAUGCUGAGUGCCAAACUGGUCACGGGUCGGAGGGCACCGUUCAAGCAGCGGCAGCCGCUGCUGCUGCGGUAUACCAUCUGCAGGAGAUGAGCCAAGUCGUUGUCGGGACCCAUGCGGACGAUUGCGAGACGCCACCUCCGGCUCUUAUACUUGAUGGGCCCGUCGCUGGCAGUAACUACUACUAUCCACCGGAGAGUCUGUCGCCAUCGGGCUUUUCAUCUGAGGACAUAGAAAUGUCAUCGCUGCGUGAUGUCGACGACUAAGAAUCAGCAUGGUGAUAAUAUGAGGAUCCUCCAGCCUCGUGCUCCCAAAAAAAAAUUAUAAUAAAAAAAUAACAGUGAAGAAAACCGUGGCACGCCCUUACCUGCAUAUACACAUACAUAUAUUAAUACAUUCACUAUAGAGGCCUGGAAAAUUGAACCUUAACAAUGUGGAGCACAAGGGAAAAGGUCUAUGGCCCUGGCCUUGAUUCGGAUGAGAAUAAGACAAGAACGCAACUCUCUUCAACUUUGAUUUAAGUUUUUGCUUGUAAAUACACAACAACUUAGGCUAAAAUCUGUGUAUAGUCCUUUAAGUUUCAGUUCAAGUGCCAUUACUUACACAAACACAUAUACGCAUACACCAUACAUUUAAUUUUGAUAGAGUGUUUCGUAGUCGACGAGAAUUGUUCGCUGGAUUCGGUUCACGCGGAAGCUCCAAUUUUUGUGCCAUUUAUGCACCAAUGCCAUAGCAAAAUAUUAAUUUACUAGUAGGUAGUUAGUAACUUGGGAUGAUAAGUUAAUCCCGUAUCGGUACAUCCAUAUUAACAUAUUUAUAUUCUUAUAUCAUAUAGGCACGGAUUCAUCAAGUUCGUCUCCAUAUCGAUUAUAUUCAAUGAAAAAGUAUAACUAUAAUACACAAACACACAUGUAUGGUAAUUAUCUAUACAUACUAUAUGGGAAAAGGUAUGUACAUACAUAUGUAUACAUAAAUAUAUACAUACAUAAAAAUGUAUGAUUGUAGUUUUAGACGUGUGCUAUUUAUCCCAGUCCUUUGGGCGCACAAUCAAAGUCUCUCUCAUCAUGUUAUAAGAUAUGUACGAGUUUAAUCAACAUCUCUUAAAUAGUUGCUUGAGUUCACGAUCUAAUUAGUCAGAUAACGAUCGCUCUCUUCUAUUUCUUGGCGGAUAUGCUAACGCUUAUGCUAGCUCUAAAUCAACUAAGUUAUUAGGCAGAUUACUUACCAGACAAUUUAAUUUGUUUAGAAAUAUAUAGAUAUAGGUAUAUCGUACAAGUGUGUAUAGUAUCUAGUGGUGAAAUGAUGACACUGUAUUGUUUAAUUACGUAAACAACACAUAUUACACCAAUUGAUUUGAUUGUAUUCAUACAUACAUACAUACAUACAUACACAUAUGCAUGCAUUCAUAAAUUAUAUGUACUUAUGAAUUUAAUCAUAUUAUGUAAAUAAAUAAAUACGAUUGUGUAUGUACUUUAAAAGUACUUAAUAUCUAUCUUAAUAUAAAUGUAGAUACAUUUUAAUUAUUAUUGCAACAAUGACUAGGGAUAAAUACAAUACAAUAUGAAAUGAGGUUGUGAUUAAUUAAUUGACUUUCGGCUUCCAAACUCUAGCAAAAACAGUACAGUGUCAUAUUGAUUUCAAACAAACAUACAUACACUUAUAGUCAAAGAGACAAUGGCAGAAAACCAAAAUAUACAAAUUUCAUUUCGCACCGCCAAAAAAAUCAGAAAUUUGCCUUAGUUAUGUGGCCUAGGUCGAUAUGCUUUUCUUUUAUGGUUUAUAAACCCUGCAAAUCAUUAUUAUAGCCCAAGAUGGAUUCCAUAAUGCUUAUGCAUGUAAUUGUAGAUGCAUUUAUGCAUCUUCUUCUACGACUUUUUGGAUCAAGGUACGGUUUAAAAUAAAAAGUAUUUUAAUGAUGGUGGCUCGAAUCGGCUCGGUUCAACACCGGAUUGCAGACUUUCUGGUCCCUACCAUCCGAUAAUCACAUUCAAUCACAAAAUUAACAACUAGAUAUGUAUGUACCCACAUACAUUUAUAUUGAAACAGAUAUAUUUAAAUAUAUAUAUAUUUGCACCAUAAAUAAGACAUUGAUUUUAAGUUGGCAAAGACAGCAUCAGCAAAGCUUAAAUUUUUGAAUAACAUAUACCAACCGAAAUUAGCAGGAUAUCGACAAAAAUUAUAAACUCGUUUUGC